AUGGAAUCCUCGAGUCACCACGAUGGUAGUGCUUUGGAUAAUUUGCAAGACUUGAACCGCGAGAUCUCGAUGCUCGCGAGCAAGAUCGCUUCGAACGAACAAACGUUGAGAAACCAGUAUUGUGAAAAGAUUUCAAGACUAGAAGCUUUGGAACAACAGUACUUGGCGGUGAUUACUGCGGUUCUGGGUAGUGGAGGUAUGGUGACUGGGAAUAAGGAGAAUAAGGAUGAUGUAAAAGAUAAUACUGAUAGUUGUGGCAUGAUUUCUAGCAACCAAGAGAAGUGCUGCAGUGGUGAGGAGCUUAUCGAUAGUACAAACAAUAAGAUCAAGGUAAGGUGUGCAAACUGCCAUGAAUUGGUUUACCCAUCAUCGACAAAGGACGCAUUCAUUCUUUUUCCUAAAUUGAACUCCCAAAUUAUUGAUCAACUGAAGACCAGCACCUCAAAAUCCCCGACAAAUCCCAGAAGUACCUCAUCGCCGUUGAAAUUGCCAAUCCCCGAUGACUUGAAACAAAAAUUGAUGGAUCAUCUAUCAUGGCAAACUAACCAACGAUUAAAAGGGUUGAGUCCUCAAGAGCCACUGAAAAGUUUGGUUCCUCAGGUACCAUUUAAAGGAUCGAAUUCUCAACAACAACAACAACAACAACUGGCUUUGGAGAAUAAAAAACCCCAAGGAGAAACUUGGAAAACUCGUUAUUCUAAUAGAAAUGCGUCAAACGGUCAUCAGAAAUCCAAAAAGUUUUGUUCAUAUUGUCACAAACCAGGCCAUUCUCGAGCCCAAUGUCCUGAAAGGUUUGAGUAG